GACUCCCUGGAUAUAUUUAGAAAAGAUCGGGACGCAUACGUGUUUUAGCAUCAACGGCGUGAUACUUCACGUCCAGACGUAACGGGAGUCGCGCUCAUAUUUUGAUUUAAGUUGCAAAAUAGAGGAGUUUACUUCCUCCUGGUAGACUGUUUUUUUUUUUUUUCUCAGGCGUGUUUUUAGUACACGUGUGUAUGUCGUGAGGAAAAGCAUGCGGUGAAUGAUGAAUACUAAGGGGAUCCGGAGAAAGAAAUCUUCGCUUUCUGAAGUCAAGGUGGCUGUUGUAGGAGCACCAGGGGUUGGAAAGAGUGCUUUAACGGUGAGAUUCCUUACCAAAAGGUACAUAGGAGAGUAUGAUCAUCAAACAGAAACUAAGUACAAACAUGAAGUGUUAGUCGACGGCGAUCCUAUACUGUUCGAAAUUUUUGAUACAUGUCCAAAGAACGAAAAUGAUCUUCCAUCUCAUGACACAGUGUCAUGGGCUGAUGGGCUGCUCUUGGUGUAUUCCAUAAUCGAUCGACAAUCGUUUGCAUUUGUUAAAAAGAUUGUGUCGUCCUUAGCCAACUGUGAUAUGCCGCUGUAUUUGGUGGCAAACAAAUGUGAUAUGGUCCACUUGCGUCAAGUGAGCUGUGAGGAAGGCGCCAUAUUGGCUCGAGACUACGACUGCGGAUUUUCGGAGGUCGCAGCGGCUGAACAAGUGGCUGCAGUUGCCACAGUCUUUCAGGAAUUGUGUAGAUCAGUUUUGGUUUCUAGAAGAAAAUCUAAGCAAUCGUUACUGGAGCGAAUGCUGGGAACAAAAACUAAUACCAUGAGACUCUAUGUUAGAGGAAAAAGUGACAGUGCCUUACCGAAGGAUUGAAGGAAAAUGACCAACAACAUUGAGGAAAAUAAUAAAUAAUUACUAUAAUUUGAAGAAAAUUGGAUUCUGAUGGGGGUUCAUCGGAAAAUGUAAACUGUUUUUAUGACUGUAAGAUGCUGACAAUGAUCUGUGGAAGAUAUUUUUGGAAAAAGAGGAUGCUUGAGUUGUUUUACUAUUGUAUGGUAGAUUUAUGAUUCAAAUUAAUUUGUUUUUUUUUAAUAUUGUAUAUAAUAUCUAUUAUUAAAUUAAUACGUUCUUAUGAUACCAGAUAACAGUAUAGUUUAACUUGUAAUUUAUGAAUGAUGUAUUUUCAAUUACUUCGCAUUAAAGAAUUUUUGGAGUAAAAUAUCAAAAAAAAUUGAUAUUUCCAAUAGAUGACUUGUUAAUCAUUUUCUUAUUUCAAUAUUGGAGAAAAAAUGAUAAAUGCGGAUUAUCGAAAAAUACAAUAAAGUACCUACAGGAUAGUCAAUCAAAACUAAUUAGGUUACUGUAACAUUAGUAAGUACAGACUGGAUUUUGUAAACUUUGUUUCAUUAUAUUAAUAUACACGAAUUCAUUAUUUGUAAAAUAUAAAUAAGUAGUUAAGACUAGUCCUAAUGUAUUGAUAAUUCUGUAACAUUAACAAAAAUAGUGUAACUGUUUCUAUCAAUUUAUUUAUUAUUAUUAAUGAUAAGAUUGACACGUGCCAUAAUAUUUUAUUGUUACCUUUUGUAUUUGUCCAGGUAUCAAUUAUAAAAGUAAA